GCAGGAAGGUGUUUCCAAACACACCUAUAUUAGGGUUCUGGUGCUGGCGGCGGUUGGUUACAGAAUCGAAAAUGGCUGCGAAGGAGGGAGUGAGUGAAGGGGAAGAGUUUGUUUACAGGAUUAGCACAGCCGCGGAAUGGGAAGAGUUGCAGACAAAGGGAUCGACUUUGGGCAGAGAGAUUGAUAAGUCCACCGGUUGCUUCCAUCUCUGCAAGCUCGAUCAGGUGAGGCCAGUGUUGCAGAAUUUUUUCGCAAAUGUGAAGGAGGAAUUGUACCUUCUUCAAAUUGAUGCUAAGAAGCUUGGUGAUGGAUUGAUAUAUGAACUGGCAGAUGGAAACAACAAAUUCACUGAUGGAAACAACCGAUUCCCUCAUUUUUAUGGUCCAUCUCGAAGCUUCUGCCCUUUUCCUUCAGAUGUGGUCACAAAAGCAGAGAAGCUCUCCCUAUCAGGAGGCCAGUAUAGUUGUAUUAUGCUGAACUAGAAGUUCGUCUCGAUUACAAGGCCCUCAUUGUUUGGGCGGAAGAAAGAAUAGAGUUGGCUAUCUAUGAUGUCUUCAUGAAAAUUGCUAUGCAACCUUGUUUACUAUGAUUUGUUGGGAGAGAAACUGUAUUCUGUUCUAGCAUGAAUGGAUGGCUUUCACUCUUCCUUACAAAAUACGAGUGUAGUUGUAUUUAUUGAAUGAGUGAUGAUAGGGAAGAUGAAAAUUUGGAACUAUUGUUGUUAAAUUAGUUGAUCGAUAUAAUAUUAUAAGUUUUAAAAAACAAGAAAAGUCAAU